AUGAUUGAUGAAAAUUCACCUCUCGGUUUAGUUAAUAAACGAAGCAUUUUCCUACUUCAUCCUAUUCUAAACUGUUUAGACUUGAAAUCAAGAAAUUAUUCAGAGGAUGGAUUUGAGUCUUUAGACUUGAAUGAACCCUCAUUGAAUGAUGAACUGCACACAAAAUAUUCUUCAGUAUCUCGUUCUAAUCAUUUAGGAUUUCAUGCUUGGGAUGUAUUAAUGAAGUUUUAUCAAAUCAAAGUGAAUUAA